AUGUCUGCUCCCGUUAUUCCCCCCGGCGGCACCAUUGUGCAAACCUUCAGGCGAUCCUUCGCAGACGUUCCCGUCGAUGCGGAAAAGGACAAUGCCAUUGCUACUACCGAGUUUCUUGAUGCUGCCGAAUCACUGACCACCAUGUUUGAUGUCUUGGGCUCCGUUGCCUUUUCCCCCGUCAAAUCCGACAUGCUGGGCAAUGUCAAGAAACUUCGUGACCGCCAGCUUGCUGCCCCUGCCGAGUCCGAGAAUAUCCAGGACCUCUGCCGAAACGAGCUCAAGACAAAGAAGCAUACUGCCACUGAAGGUCUUAUUUGGCUGGUUCGUGGGCUUGAUUUCACCUGCGUCGCCCUCAGCUCCAACAUCGCCAACAGCUCUCACGAACUCGCCGAAUCUUUCCGCAACGCCUACGGCCAGACCCUCAAGCCACAUCACGGAUUUCUCGUCAAGCCAAUCUUCAGCGCCGCCAUGAGCGCCUGCCCCUACCGCAAGGACUUUUACGUCAAGCUUGGUUCGGAUGAGGGCAAGGUUCAAGAGGAGCUCCGCGUCUACCUGGCUGCCUUGGACAAGAUUGUUGGCAUCCUGAAGGGUUUCCUGGAGAGCAAGGAUGCUAAAUGGUAA